UUGAAAAAUAGGCCCCCCCCUCCCCAUCUUUGAUCUCUUUCGCUUCUCAAACUCAACCCACUUUUUGUUUGUUUCCUCUCCAAUUGUACUUUAUAUUCACCAAAGCCAGCCAAUCACUCUCGUCUCAAACCCCUCCUUUUUUUCUCUUUUCGAGUUUUCUCUUUUGCUUUUAUUCUCUUUUCUCUUCUCUCCACAAAUUUUUUCUCAGUUUCUACAGAGCACGCAAAUUCCAAGAAACCAAUUCCAGCCUUUUGCCCUUCUCUUCUCUAUAAAUUGAGCAAUACCCCUUUGGCUCUCUCUUCAAACCCAACCCACAACUCCAUUUCGUUUUCUCUAGACAAAUCCGAUCUCGAAAAGGCGGGCAUAAUCCUUUGAAAAGCUACAAUGAAAGAGUACUGGACCUCUUUCGCUUCGCUUUUAGGCGUUUUAGCCUUCUGUCAGAGUCUCCUUCAAGCCAUAUUUCCGCCGGAGUUCCGGUUCGCCACUCUCAAGUUCUUCAAUCGGAUCUUCCAUAUGUUCUCCUCUUACUGUUACUUCGACAUAACGGAGAUCGACGGCGUUAACACCAACGAACUUUACAACGCCGUCCAGCUUUACCUCAGCUCCUCCGUCUCCAUCACCGGCAGCCGUCUCAGUCUCACCAGAGCUCUGAAUUCGAGCGCCAUCACCUUCGGACUGUCGAACAACGACUCCAUAGUUGACACCUUCAAUGGCGUUACGGUCCUCUGGGAGCACGUGGUGACGCAGAGGCAGUCUCAGACCUUCUCUUGGCGACCAUUGCCGGAGGAGAAGCGUGGCUUCACUCUGCGAAUUAAAAAGAAAGACAAGUCGUUGGUUCUCGAUUCGUAUCUCGAUUACAUAAUGGAGAAAGCCAAUGAGAUUCGAAGGAAGAAUCAAGACAGGCUACUGUACACGAACUCGCGAGGCGGAUCUUUGGAUUCGAGAGGGCAUCCGUGGGAGUCUGUCCCGUUUAAGCACCCCAGCACUUUUGACACAUUGGCUAUGGACCCUGUCAGGAAGCAGCAGAUCAUGGACGAUUUGAAAGAUUUCGCAAACGGCCAAGCGUUUUAUCAGAAAACCGGCCGAGCAUGGAAAAGAGGGUAUCUGCUAUACGGACCGCCGGGAACUGGGAAGUCGAGUAUGAUCGCCGCCAUGGCCAAUUACCUCGGCUACGACAUCUAUGAUCUGGAGCUAACUGAGGUGCACAACAACUCGGAACUGAGAAAACUAUUGAUGAAAACUAGCUCAAAGUCAAUAAUCGUGAUCGAAGACAUUGACUGCUCGAUCAAUUUGACGAACAGGAAAAAGAGUGGCUCGAAUCAAGCAUCGAGAAACUACUAUGACUCAGAAAUGCGAGGUGGGUCUGGUUCUGUCGGCGGCGGAGAAGACGGCGGAGCGAACUCGAUUACUCUCUCUGGUUUAUUGAACUUCACUGAUGGAUUAUGGUCUUGCUGCGGCAGUGAAAGGAUUUUCGUCUUCACCACCAACCACAUUGAGAAGCUCGACCCUGCAUUGCUGAGAAGCGGCCGGAUGGAUAUGCACAUAUACAUGAACUAUUGUUCGUAUCCCGCAUUGAAGAUUCUGUUGAAGAACUAUUUGGGGUACGAUGAAGACGACGUCGUCUUGAAGCAACUCGAGGAGGUUGUGGACAAAGCAGAGAUGACUCCCGCCGAUGUCAGCGAGGUCCUGAUCAAGAACAGACGCGACAAGGAAAAGGCCAUGAAUGAGUUGCUGGAAACACUGAAAUUCAAAGCGGAGAAGAAGAUGAAGAAUGGGGGUCUGAGAGAGAAGAAUUCAGAAGGCGUAGAAGAGGAAGAAGAGCAAGAGAAGAGAGCUUUGGAGAGUCCUAAAGAAGGGUUUGAAUUCGAAGAAAGCAGUUACAAGAAGAAAGUUGAAGAAGAAGAAGAAGAAGAAGAAGAAGAUAAAGAAGAAGAAGAUGAGCUAGAGGCUGAGAAGGUAAAACGAAACAAGACAGAGACAAAAACGUGAAGGUUUUUUUUUUUUUUUUUUUUUUUUUUUUUUUUUUCUGGUUCAUCUUCUUCCUGGCCCCCUUUUGGCGUCUGUGGUGCGGAGAAAAGGUAAAGUAACAAACCUUUUUUAUAUUAGGAAAAAAGAAAAGGAAGAUUGAGAUUGGGAUUGGGAUUGGGAUUGGCUCUUCUUAAAAUUUUGUUUAGUGGGCUCAAUGGAGGAAUUGAAACCGGCAAAACCCAAAAAGAGAAAUAUUUGAUCGUCCUAA